AUGCGGCGCUAUCACCUACUAGAUUUACCGCCAGAACUGAUCGUCAGAAUCCUGCAAGAAUUCGACGAGCAGUCAUUGGGCCGAUUGAGACUGGUCUCUCGCUACCUGAAUGCGAUCAUCGAAAGCCAUCGAGGCGCCUUGGCAAAGCAGUCUAUCUACUUGACCGUAUUCAAAGAGCAGGAACUUGUUGUUGAGCGAUAUUUGAGAAGAAGCCGAUGGGAGGAAUACAAGUAUGCCGUUUCGGGACAGUAUUUCGAUAGUCCUGCCUUACGCCAGCUGGAAUGUGCCAACAUCGGCACCCUACGGUUCGAGGUUACUCUAUCGGACAAGGAUGCCAUCGAAUUGGCAGAACGCAUUGGGACAUUGAAAUCAUCGGUGUACCAAGUGUGUUUUUAUAGAUGUCAAUUUAGCCCUAAGGGCAUCAUCAGCUUACUCGCAGUGCUGCGGCCACAACAAGUCACCAUAGAGUUCGAACAUGGUUUCGAAGGCAUCAGCUUUGAGGAGUUGUGCAGUAACGUCAGCUUUCGAAAGAUCAGACACUUGAACUUCGUUAAUUCCUAUCUAACUGACAACGACCUUCAACUAAUCACUGCCGAGCAGUUAGCCGUCCAGGAUAGAUCAAAUCUUACAGCCAGUGGUCUCCGAAAAAUCCUUCUGGAAUGGUACGACGGCAGAAGGACUAUCCAAGACUAUUUUCUGACGGUAUCAGGACGUAUCAUACCUGAGAGCCUCUUUCACAACUUACCCACCCGACGACGUUCCAUCAUAUCGUGGGAGCUCAGAAAUCCCAAUACUGUCCUACAUGUCAACAUUUAUGGUCCUGGUGUAAGCAUAGUUAGUCUGUAA